CACUUUUUUCAGAUCCAUGAAGAGCCAUCCACAGCAACGGUCCCAUUCCUACUGAGACCAACAUUCUCUGUCCACGAAUUUCUUGGGAUCAGAGCCUGUGAAUAUUAACCUCUUGCCCUCAGUGCUUCCUUUCUGGCUGGGGGAGGGGACACCCAUCCCCAGUACCCCCAGCCAUGACAACUUCAGCUCUGAGACGGCAGGUAAAGAAUAUCGUGCAUAAUUAUUCAGAAGCAGAAAUUAAGGUACGUGAAGCAACCAGCAAUGAUCCCUGGGGCCCACCAAGCACCCUCAUGUCAGAAAUCGCUGACCUGACUUUUAAUACCGUGGCCUUCGCUGAGGUUAUGGGCAUGAUCUGGAGGCGGCUCAAUGAUAGUGGGAAGAACUGGCGCCAUGUAUACAAGGCUCUGACCCUGUUGGACUAUUUGCUGAAGACUGGCUCUGAUAAAGUAGCCCACCAGUGUCGAGAGAACCUCUACACCAUUCAGACCCUCAAGGAUUUCCAGUAUGUGGAUCGAGAUGGCAAGGAUCAGGGCAUCAAUGUUCGAGAGAAGGUCAAGCAGGUGAUGGGGCUGCUCAAGGAUGAGGAACGAUUGAAGCAGGAAAGGACCCACGCACUCAAGACGAAGGAACGCAUGGCCCUAGAGGGCUCUGGCAUUGGCAGCGGGCAGUUGAGCUAUGGUCGCCGGUCCUCCCAUUAUGGGGACGAGUUCAGCCGGACCAGAGGAUCCCCUUCUUCCUACAACUCCUCAUCCUCAUCUCCUCGAUUUACCUCCGACCUGGAGCAAGCUAGACCUCAGACAACAGGAGAGGAGGAGCUACAGCUGCAGCUGGCGCUGGCCAUGAGCCGGGAAGAGGCAGAGAAGCAGCCGGUCCCUCCAGCCUCCCACAGGGACGAGGAUCUGCAGCUGCAGCUGGCACUGCGCCUGAGCCAGCAGGAGCAUGAGAAGGAGGUGAGGUCCUGGAGGGGAGAUGACUCCCCCUUACCCAAAGGCACUGGGGGCCAUGGUCGGCGGGACCAGGACCCCGAAAGAAAGGAGGAAAAGGAAGGAGAGAAACUGAAAACCAGCCAGUCUUCCAUCCUGGACCUUGCUGAUAUCUUUGGACCAGGACCAGCUCCACCUUCCACACACAGCUCUGCUGACCCAUGGGAUAUUCCAGGUCUCAGGCCAACUGUGGAGCCUGCCGGUUCCUCUUGGGGACCCUCUGCAGACCCUUGGUCUCCAGCCCCCUCUGGGGAUCCUCUGUCCCGUAGCCAGCCUUGGGACUUGCCAUCUAUGCUCUCAUCUUCGGAACCCUGGAGACGGACGCCUGGGCCCCCCCUUUCCAUGGAUCCCUGGGUGAAGGAUUCCCCCCAACACAAACCCUCUGGCACAGGAACAGAUCCCUGGGGAGCUACCUUGGACACCCCCAGCACUCCCACAGCUCUAGGUGGUUCAGCCUUUGACUUAUUUGCCAAACUUCCAGAAUCAACAGAGGCCAGAGAGGGGUCAGAGAGUGUCCAGGCCCUCCCCUCCGUGCGAUCUGGCAGCCCUGACCUAGACCUCUUUGGAGACCCUCUCCCUAGCUCCAAGCAGAAUGGCACAAAGGAGCCAGAUGCUUUUGACCUGGGAGGACUUGGUGGGGCAUUGACUCAGGCAGGCAAAGACGGUCGAGCCUGCCAGACCCCUGAGUCUUUCCUGGGACCCUCAGCCUCCUCCUUGGUCAACCUGGAUUCACUAGUGAUGGCUCCACAACCUACGAAGACAAGAAACCCAUUCCUUUCAGGUCUCAGCGCCCCGUCCCCAACCAACCCAUUCAGUUUGGGUGAGCAGUGCAAGCCAACUCUCAACCAGAUGCGGACAGGGUCUCCAGGGCCCAAUCUGGCCUCCUCAGUGCCUGUGGGUGCUCCCGUAGGCUCAAUGACCUACAGCGCCUCUCUGCCCCUUCCACUCAGCAGCGUUCCAGCAGGAAUGACCCUUCCUGCCUCUGUCAGUGUCUUCCCUCAGGCUGGCACCUUCCCUCAGCUGCCUGGGACCUUGCCUCAGCCCCUGCUCCCCAUGUCUGGUGCAGUGGGACCCCUGAACCCCUCUUCUCAGGCAGGCACCAACCCUUUCCUUUGAACUCUGCCCUUGUCUGCUCAGCUCUCACUUCUGGCACCUUCUUCCCUCCUUCCUGGAAGCAGUUUCCAUGUCUCUUCCCCUUGCUUCUCUGCCUCUAUGCCCCGGUCAGCCGCUGGCAGCUGACCAGAGCUUUUCCCACCCCGUGCUUAAGGGGCUGGGACAGUGGACAGGGGCACUGCCCCCACCCCACUUAGGUCAGUAUGAAUGUUGCCUGGAUGCUUGGUUCCCUGUCCUGCCUCAGGAGUGAAAGAGGGUCUUGGGAGCUCAGGGAAAGGCCAUCACGGGAGCCAGCAUCCCCCAGGUUUUGUUUGGGCUGGAGGAGUGACUUUCCCAGCUCCAUCUAUCCCUUGAAGGGGCUCAUGGAUGUAUGUAUGUGUGGGGGGCUCCGACACCACAAGUACUGUAGUGCAUAGCACAGAAGAAGCCUGGUGACCAGAAGCCUUUUGGAGCCAUGGCAAUGGUCCCAGAAUAAAUACCUGAACUAGCACGAUAGAGCCGA